AUGCCGGUGAUGAGGGGCCUCCUGGCUCCCCAAAACACCUUCCUGGAUACCAUAGCAACCCGCUUUGAUGGCACGCACAGCAAUUUUGUACUGGGCAAUGCCCAAGUCCGUGGUGCCUUCCCUGUGGUCUACUGUUCCGACGGCUUCUGCGAACUGACCGGCUUCUCCCGGGCCGAGGUCAUGCAGCGCUGCUGUGCCUGCAGCUUCCUCUACGGACCUGACACCAGCGAACUCGUACGCAACCAGAUCCGCAAGGCCCUGGACGAGCGCAAGGAAUUUAAGGCGGAGCUCAUCCUCUACAGGAAAAGCGGUGUCCCCUUCUGGUGUCUCCUGGAUGUGGUGCCUAUCAAGAAUGAAAAGGGAGAAGUGGCUCUUUUUUUAGUCUCCCACAAAGACAUCACAGAGACCAAGAGCAGAGCAUCUGCAGACAACUGGAAGGAAGGAGGUGGACGGCGACGUUAUAGCCGAGCUGGGGCCAAAGGCUUCAAUGCCAACCGUCGCAGGAGCCGGGCUGUGCUCUACCACCUCUCCGGGCAUCUCCAGAAGCAGGGCAAAGGGAAGCGAAAGCUCCACAAGGGUGUCUUUGGGGAGAAGCCUGCCCUCCCCGAAUACAAGGUGGCUGCAGCACGCAAGUCCCCCUUCAUCCUGCUGCAUUAUGGGACCUUCAAGGCCGGAUGGGAUGGCCUGAUCCUGCUGGCCACCCUGUACGUGGCUGUGACCGUGCCCUACAGCGUUUGCUUCAGCGGCACCAAAGAUGAGGGGCUUCCGGAGUCCGCUCGGGCACCCCCCAGCAUCUGUGAUCUUUCCGUUGAGAUCCUUUUUAUCCUAGAUAUCGUGCUGAAUUUCCGCACCACCUUUGUGAGCAAGUCAGGGCAGGUGGUGUUUGACCCUCGUGCCAUUUUCCUGCACUACCUGACCCGCUGGUUUGUACUGGACCUCAUAGCAGCACUGCCGUUCGACCUCCUCUAUGCUUUCAAGGUCAAUGUGUACUUCGGGGCUCAUUUGCUCAAGACGGUGAGGCUCCUGCGCCUGCUGCGGCUGCUGCCCAACCUGGACCGGUACUCGCAAUACAGCGCCGUGGUGCUGACCCUCCUCAUGACCGUCUUUGCGCUCCUGGCGCACUGGGUCGCCUGCGUCUGGUACUUCAUCGGGCAGCGCGAAGUCGAGAGCAGCCCCUCUCAGCUGCCGGGGAUCGGGUGGCUGCAGGAGCUGGCCCGUCGCCUCGAGACGCCCUACUACUUGGCUCAGAGGAACAGCAGCGCUGAGGACGAUUCCACCAACGGGACCAGCCCGGCUCUGAACGGCAGCACAUGGGAGCUUUUAGGGGGCCCCUCGCUGAGAAGCGCUUAUAUCACCUCCCUGUACUUCGCCCUCAGCAGCUUAACCAGUGUGGGCUUUGGCAACGUGUCGGCAAACACCGACUCGGAGAAGAUUUUCUCCAUCUGCACCAUGCUGGUGGGGGCCUUGAUGCACGCGGUAGUCUUCGGGAACGUGACCGCCAUCAUCCAGCGCAUGUAUGCGCGCCGCUUCCUCUACCACAGCCGCACGCGCGACCUGCGCGACUAUAUCCGUAUCCACCGCAUCCCUCCGCCACUGAAGCAGCGCAUGCUGGAGUACUUCCAGGCCACCUGGAGCGCCAGCAACGGCAUCGAUACUCGUGAGUUGCUGCAGAGCCUCCCGGAUGAGCUUCGCGCAGACAUCGCUCUCCACUUGCACAAGGACCUCCUGCAGCUGCCCCUCUUUGAGGGGGCCAGCCGGGGCUGCCGGCGCUCCCUUUCGCUCAGCGUCCGCAUGUCCUUCUGCACGCCAGGGGAGUACCUGAUCCGGAAGGGGGAUGCCCUUCAGGCGCUCUAUCUUGUCUGCUCAGGCUCCAUGGAGGUGCUCAAAGACGGCACUGUGCUCGCCAUCCUAGGUAAGGGGGACUUAAUUGGUUGCCACAUCUCAUCCAGGGAGGAGGUGGUCCAGGCCAAUGCGGACGUGCGGGGCCUCACCUACUGUGACCUGCAGUGCCUGAGCUUGCCUGGCCUUCUCGCCAGCCUGGAGCUCUACCCAGAAUUUGCCAGCAAAUUUCGCCACGAGCUCCCGUGCGAGCUCAGCUACAACCUGGGCGGAGGCAGCAGCUUCCAGGCCGAGACCCCAUCAUUGAGCAACAGGGCACCCACUGCAUUGCUUUCCACGUUGGGGAAGGACUCAGAUACUUCGUUCCUUUCACGCCGCAGAACUCCAUGCUUGCCCCCAGAGACUGUGGACGACGAGCCCUCCAGCCCCUUGAUCCCUUCCUCCGCUGGAGGCCACGGCAAUCACCCGCCACGGUCAGGCUUUCCACGCCACCCACCUCCUGAAACUUCCUCACGUCCCACAGCGUUGCGGCUACAUACAGCUCCCUGCAGUGGCCCCCCAGACCUCAGCCCCAGGGUUGUAGACGGCAUCGAAGACGGAUCCGGUUCCGACAAACCCAUGUUUAGUUUCCGCCUCGGUCAUUCGGGCCCGGACUACAGCAGCCCUUCACCUGGCACAGACAGCGGCCUGCUCACAAUCCCCCCAGAGCUAUCUGGUGCAGACACCAUUGAGAAACUGCGUCAAGCGGUGGCCGAGCUCUCCGGGCAGGUUCAGCAAAUGCGCGAAGGCCUGCACUCCCUUCGCCAGGCCGUGCAGCUCUUCCUUCUCUCCCAGACGCCGACGCACUCGCGGGCCGACCCUUCUGCCUACGCACCCUUUCCUCAUGCGGAUGCUGCUCCUGCCACGCCUCUGCUAAGUCCUCUCCGAGUAGACACAGGACUCCCGCCCGCCUUCUGCCCCCACAGCGUCCCACCGGCCCCCUGCCCUAACGGUGCCUGUGGCAGGGUACAGUGGAUGUGGGCACCACCGGCCGGACAGAGCUCACCUUGGCCCGGCAUGUACUGGGCACGGGGACCGGGCAAGGACUCCGAGACGGUGCCUGUUUCACCGGCGGGGCACGGAUCCAAGGACCAAGGAAGCAACGCACAGCUGCCAAGCCAGCUCCAAAGAGUGAGCUCCCUUUCUCGAGCUUGCUCCCCCAUGGACCCUACGGGCCUCACGGAAACCAAAACUUCCAGGACUCAAGCCUGCGAUUCCUCAAGCCUCGAAAUGGUGCUGAUUGGUGCCGGGGAUGAUGGGUCUGUGUGCAGCGCCCCCUGCUGGCCAGAGGAGGAAGGCACGGGCCUGUGAGUCUGCUGUUGGAAACAUGGGGGGGGGGGAGUCGAAAAGCCCCGAUACAGCAUUUUAACGGGGCUGCAGCAGCUAUCAACACAGGGACGGGAGGAAAGAACUGGAACGCAAGCUUAGGAAUUCUCUGCAGAAGGCUGGAGCAUAAGCAGACACAGAAGC